AUGAGAUUCAUCGCAGCCAACACCUCUGUACCGGUCCCUCAGGUUUACAACGCCAGCUUUGGAGAUGAAGAAGAGGAGGAGAAGGAGGAGGACUCUGGAAUUGUCAUGGAGUAUAUACCUGGAGAGUCCCUAGACAAAGCAUGGGCAAAAUUAACUAUAACCAGAGAAUCUCUACCUGCCAGCAACUUGCUGGAUAUCUCUCUCAACUCAAAAGUCUGA